UGGUUUGUAUGCCGGACGUCUCUUAUAUUCCAAAUCUCGAGAAAAUGGUUCUCCAUGGGUGCGAAAACUUGGAGCGUGUCCAUGAUUCAGUUGCAAAUCAUCGUAAGUUACGGUCGUUGAAUUUAGGAUGUUGCUCUAAAUUGCAAAGAUUCCCUGAUAUUCCAAAUGAGAACAAAAGCUUGAAAAAAUUCAACUUGAAUGGACUUCAAUUGAAGAACUUCCUACAUCCAUAAAAAAUCUUGUCUCUCUCGAGAAGAUAUUUUUAUUUCAUUGCAAGAAACUGGCAAUCCUUCCAUCUAGCAUUUACAAGUUGCAAAAUCUUGGAGUCUUGCAACUUAGUGGCUGCUCACAACUAAUCAAGUUUCCAAAGAAGGAGGAGGAGGAGGAGGAUUUGAGUGAACCCCAUACAAAGACGGGAUUUCCUAUGUUAGAGUGGUUGAAUCUUGAAGGGUGCCAUCUAUCAGAAGUAGAGUUCUUGGAAAAUCUUUCUUGUCCCCGCCUAUUCUCUUUAUAUUUGUCUGGAAACAAUUUUACUAACCUUCCUACAUUGGAGAGACUAAAUGACUUAAAAGAAUUGGAGGUUUCAAAUUGCCAACAACUACAGGAGAUCCCCAAGAUUCCAGGGAAAUUGAGAACACUAAAGGCAAAUAAUUGCAAAUCUCUAACUAGAAUUCCCUCCAACAUAUGUGAUGUUGAGGACGUUGAGUUAUAUUCAACUCGGGAGCUAGUCCGUAAUGGGUUUCCCGUGAAUGAUUUGUUCAUGCCUGAGAGAUUUCAUUGCCAACCAAAGAGUCGAGUUGUUCUACCUGGAGGAGAGAUGCCAAAGUGGUUGUUGUCCAAUAAAGAGGGCUAUUUAUCUUUUAUGGCUUCAAAGGACUUAUAUGAAAAGAUCCUAGGAGUAGCUAUCUGUGUUGCAUUUCAAGUAGAAGCAAGCUUGUAUAAGCUAUCUACAUCUCGCCCAUUUGAGCUUAUAGGAAUUGUUAAUUGCAAAGGCAAUAUACAUACAAGGCAUUUCAAGAUAUUUGAUUUGGAUAAUGUGUGGCUUGAGUAUAUGGAACCAGAGUGUUUGUGGACAGUAGACCAUUUUGGUCCAAAUGACUUGACUCAUUUCCACAUUAGCAUUAGAGUACGCGACUAUACCUAUGGUAAUGAACUACUUGUGAAAAAGUGUGGAUUCCGACUAAUAUGCAAGCCACUAGAGAAUGAUUCAGAGGUUUUGCUUCAAGACAAUCAAUUGCUAGAUCCAGCUUUAUUCUAUGAGGUUUCGGAUGAAGGUAAUCCAAAAGUCAUAAACUAGGAUGGAAGCACAUGGUUGAUUUUUCAAUCGAGAAGCAUCGCUAUUCUAGCUUUUGGCCUGAUUAUCGGAAUGUUAGCCCCGGAAGAGAGAUGCCAAAGGGGUUUGUCCUUGUUGAAGACAGUACUAUAUCUUUCAAGGCUUCGCAAGACUUGUACAACAAGUUCAAAGGAUUGUUUCUUUGUGUUAACUUUGAUGUAGAAGAUGGAGAAAAGGAAGUAUCUUUUGACAUCGUACCACGUGUUAACGGCCAAAGGCGAAAUGAGCAAUCAGGAACUCUUGGUUCAUUUGAUACGGAUCACGUGUGGUUUCAACUCUUCAAACCAAAUGCACUGUGGGGAUUCUUGGAGGGAGUAGUCGACUUUAAUCAAUUUGACGAGAGUUAUCUGAGAUUUAGCCUUAAUAUUAGAGUAGCGGGUGCAACGGUGAAAAGGUUGGGAUAUGUGAUGCAAUCCGAUCCACUAGAGGAUGCUUUGAAGGUUGAGCUUGAAAAGAAUCGAUUAAUGGAUCCAGCUUCACUAUUUCAGGAUGAUGGGAAUCCAUGGGUCUAUGGGAGCAACGGAUGGAAGAAAUUGUGCAAUAAACUCGAACAUAUGCAUGGAGGGAGAGACUUAAUAUAUUAGAAGAGGGGCAUCAUGCCAGGCUCAUGUGUCAUCAGCAUGGGGGCGGGCCACUGCGAGAGGUAAAGCAGAGGUUUUGCGAAAAGAUUCGGAGUCAUUUCCAAGUUAUUUGUAUUAGGGUUUGUGUGAAUGUGUGUGAGGGAUUGA